AUGCGUCGCGCUCGCGAUGUGGUCGUCGUCGUGGUCGUCGCCGCUUUGUUCGGCGCGAUUUUCGCUGACGACAAUGUCGUCGAAUUCUCGUCGACGACGACGUCGACCGCUGAUGAUGCCGACGUCGUCAGUGUCUAUCGGCUUCUGCCACGAAAUCACACUCAAUUCAAUGUCAUUCAACGCCUCUACGAUAAUUCCACACUGAAUUUUUGGAAAACUGCCAAGAAUCUGAACGGUUUCUGGGAUGUGAUGGUCGACGAAAAAUUCUCUGACAAUUUACUACAGCCGCUCAACAAAUUCGAUAUAGAGCACAUAAAAACUAUCGAUGACGUACAA